AUGAUUAAAAUUAUUUUAUUAUUUAUUUUUAAUGUUUUUAUAAAUAGUAGUUUUGCUGGAAAUUGCGACCCAAUUAUAAAUUCGAUAUCUCCGAUACAUCCAUCCGAAGAAGGUUUAUUGGUAUUAUUACAAGUAAAUCUUUGUAAUAAAAGUUUUUCAAACAGUUCACAAGUUAAAUUUAUUAUAGAUCAAGAAUCAUCCAUCGAUUGUACUGAUGUUCAGUUAUUAAAUGAGACCUCUUCAAAUGGUGACCUUAUGGUCCAGUGCAUGUUUGGGGCAUUACCAGAUUCACUUGUAUCAAAUAAAACAGACGUUUUGGAGUCAUUCAAUUUUAAUAGUUUAUACAGUGUUCAGUUAAAUUAUGGAUCAUCAUCACUUUUAUAUACCAGUUACUUAUUUAGUAAUUCAAUAUGCUCUUGUGAACAUGGCAGCUGUGCAUAUGGUGUAUGUCUUUGUAAUGAACGUUAUUAUGGUCCAAAGUGUUCAUUAAAAGGACUAAAGCAUAAUGAGGACCCAAAUCCUACUGGUGCCACUUAUAAUACUUUUAAGGUAUUUUUAAAGGAUGAUGUUUUUCGAAUAGAAGCAAAUGGGUUCCUUCAGGUUGAAAAAUUAACAAAUGGCCCAAGUAUUAAAGGUUUUCAAUCUAUCAAUUCAAUGGCUUUAUAUAAUGACUAUUCAGAUAGUAGCCAUUUACACUUUGAAGUUUCACAAGCACUUUCAAAACUUAUUACAAAAUUAAUUUAUAAUGCAAAUUAUGUACAAAGUGGCGAGUUAACAUCAUAUUUAAUCGGAUCAAAUAACAUUUCAGAUAGUUAUGGUACCCUUUUACCAGUUUCAAACAAUUCAGUAUCAGUCUCAUUAGAAUUUAGAUCAGGAUCAAAUAUAGCAGCUUUUGAAAAUAUGAAUAUAGAAACUGUUUUCGCUGUUAACAAUCCUGAUCAAGAUCUUAAAUUCGAACUUGCAGAUAACCAACUUAGUUUAACCAUAUUUAAUGAAAAAACAUCAUCAUACAUCACUAUUUCGAUGUCUGAUAGAUAUUCAUCAAAUAAGGUUUUGCAACCAAACCAUGCUUAUAUUAGAGUUCUCAAUGAAUCCGAAGUAAUAAAUAUUUUUAAUUCCACAGGUUCAAGAUUGAUAUAUUUCUCAAUUUGUACACCUCUGCCCGGUCCUACAUCAGCUUCAUUUAAUACAGCAUUUGUAAUUAAUGGAUUUAAUGUCGAAGAAGUUUUACCAUUAAGAGAUAUUUUAAUUAUCAGUUUUUCAGUAUUAUUUGGAGUUUCUAUUUGUGCUGUGGGUGUCUUUUUAUUCAAUAGAAGAAAAAAUAAAAACUUUUUAAGGGGAUUAAAGAUGGAACCAUAUAUAGCAGUACCUCUUAUUACAUCUGAUAGUGAUGAUGAGGAAUUUCUAUUAAGACACUAA